UGUAUCAAAAAUGUUAGCUCCUAUACUUUUGCUUUUGUACUUUUCUGUAAAUUCGGCAGCUGCCAACAAUUGUGGAGGUUACAUGUGUGGAUCGGCUAAUUAUUAUCAAGCUUAUGCACAACAGCAGCCAGCAACUGCCACAAGAUAUCAGGCAUCCUAUAUCCCACAACAAAUGCCACAACAUACAUCUCAACCAAUGAUUCAAUAUUAUUACCCAGCAAAUACUUACCAAAUUGCUCCCCAGCAACCGACUCUACAAAAGGUUUCCCCACCGGUCAUUUCGUCUUCAGUCGAUAAAGAAUCUCUAGUAACAACUGGUAAAAUGAACUAUGAUGAUUUUGAGAAGGAACUUGAGAAGUUGAAGCCGGCUUCAGCAGUGACAACAGAUGAGAAAGUGGAUAGCAAGUUAGAUUUAAAUGUUCUAAAUGCUUCAAUUCCAACACAAUCCAUCACUUAUAUUCGAGAAUUUCCAUCUGGAUACUCUCCAGAAGCAUUCAUCACUCGACCACUUCCAUAUCGUCCAGUACCAUAUAUGCCAGUUCAACUUCCAGCUGCAUGCCAACAGUACUUCCUUCCUCCCCAGCGUCCCCAACCAAUGCCACAAGUUACUCCUCAGAUUAUUCAGCUUCCGUCAGCUUAUGUAACAGCCCCGCCGGUUACAAUUCGUCAGCAACCAUUGUCUAUUCUUCCGCCACCGAUUAACGACUGUUGUGGAAAGUGCGGAGCGCCGUGCAAGUUCAGGUCGAAGAAAAAUGUGAUUGCCUUGGCAUCAAAGAUCUUCACAGCUCAAUUUGUUCCACGAAGAGACGGAGAAGAUGAGGAAGAGCCGAAGGAUCCGAAGUGUAGCAGUGAAAAAUUGAAGGAUCUGAUGAACAAAUAUAUCACGCGAACUGUGGCUCUGUCAAAACGUCUAAUCCAAAAGAAUGCAGAAAGCGAACUCGGCGGUUAUUUUUCGGUAUUCUGCUCAAUCGAUGACUUCAGCUAUGUGGCUCGGAGUGAGAUGUUCUGUCAGCUUCAAAAGAAUGAUAUAACUUGUUACGCAUUCAAACAUAAAUAGGUAUCUUAUUCAAUCAAUUGUCUGUAAUUUUAAUGCAAAAAAAAACGUUUUGCGAUCUUCAAUUCCUCAAUUAUGCUCAUUUGUCAGGUCUUAUUACUCUUCUUUGUUCAUUUUGCGCUGAAACUUUAAUAAAGUUUUCAAGGAACU